CCCAAUUUCAUCUUCAACGGUCUGCCCACCUAAACUUAGCAACUGCAUUGCAGACCCGCGAAAGUCAUCCUUAGCUUUUAUCUAAUCCACCAAGUUGGAAUCACCCGAUAUUCAUUAGACGACUAGCUCCAGAGCGGAAUCCCUUCUUCGAACGACCCAAGAAAGCUCCAGCAUCCCCCGCCAGGGGCAUAUCGUCACAAUGCCCUCUCCGGCGGUGCCUGAAAUCGUCGAGGAAGCGCUCCACGAAGCGAUUGACGCCCGAACAGAGUCGCUCGUCGGUUUACGCGAGCUUGGUCCUCCCGAUCUUGUUCACCUGGUCAAGCAAAACGUUCGCAACCCUGGAAAACAGACUGGAAUUUACCACCAUGUCACAGGUGUAGAUGCCUCCUCUUCUGCCAGCCUGGCUGCGUACAUCAACACUUUGACAUACAAGGAGCACGGUCCGAGCGCAACGACGAAGAUUGUCGAGGGCCUCUACUGCUGCUACAAUGCAUUCUCUAGACUCGACAUGAGAGUGCAUGUUUCCAUCCCCGGUACAGUCGAAGCCUACUGCGUGGACGAGCGAGGCGAGAAGCGAGAAGCCCACGACGACCUGUGGCUAGAAACAUAUCUUUGCAGCGUUCUUAGAGCAUACUCUUAUGCAGAUGACGGAAGUGGUGACACGAUCCGAAAGAUUAUGGGCGUUCGUCGUUUCAACCCCGUCACCAGCACCGAAACCGAGCACCGCUUCCUUCACGCUGCUGAGCAACUUUUCUUCCGAGGUUGGCAGCUCGGUUCAAGCUCUACAGUACAGGUUCCUACCAAUGUAUCGAACCAUCUUACUGAGGGCUUAUUAAAGUACCUCGAAACGACCGGCCGCUUUGUCUCUGGUAUCAACUUGUUUGAGAAACUGCGCACCCAAAGCGUUGAAGUCUCUUCGCUACUGGCGAGAGUCAUGUUUAUGGGCAGUGAAGAGGUAUCUGGAAUCCGUGUACUUCAUGAAUCCUUACAGCAGGCCCCCAUGGACUAUGUCAUGCUCGACGCCCAAGCCGAAUUCCUACUCAAGAAAGCUCAGACCGCGCCAACACCCGAUGCCCGCACCGAGCGUCUUCGCAUGGCUCUGGGCUGCGCUGAUCGCAGCACAAUUGCUGCCCCAAGUGAAUUCGGUACAUGGGCUCGCUUGGCGCGCGUCUAUGUUGCCAUGGAAGAUUGGGAAAAUGCCCUGACCAUCCUCAACUCUUGCCCAAUGUUCACUUAUCAGGACAAGGACGCCCCCCUGAUGCCUGAACCAAAGGAAGUCAAUCUCCCCAUCUUGGCGGAAACUCGUCUUGACGAAAUUGACAGCGAAUCCGAGGGCCGUUUCUCCGAGCAGGUCGAUGUUAGCCUCCUGAACCUCCGCGCUGCCUCGCAUCGCGGUACUUUCAAGGAAGCCUACAGCAUCCUGACCGAAAUGACGGCCAAGAUUGGUUGGGAUCAGCUUUUGAAGAUCCGCAGCAACGUCUUUGUCAUGGAAGACGAGUAUCGUACUGGUCCAAAGGCGGAUGCUGCCCAGGGAGCUGCCAAGCGAACACCUAGCAUGGAUGGCCUCCGAGGCACCCCCGACCCCAGCAACAGAAAUGGCGACGAUGAUGAAGACGAGGAGGAUGAUGAGAAUGAGGAUGGCGAAUCAAAGGACAAGCAGCCCAACGGAGAAAGCAAUGUCGAGAAGCCCAGCCAGACCAUUGAUCCUCAGGUUGUGAAGGCAGACAAAGAAGGAAACGAAAACGAAGAACACCUCUACCGACUCAACACCAAGAGACUCUGUGAGCGCUGGCUAGACACACUAUUCAUGGUUCUGUACGAUGAUCUUCGAGUCUACACCAUCUGGCGCACACAGAUGGCACAGUUCCGCGCACAGGAUAUUCAGUACAAGAAGUCUGCUGAGGAGUGGGAAAUCCUGGGCUCGCUGGCCGAGCGCUUGCAGCACUUUGACGAGGCUGUUGAGGCAUACACCGCUUGCUUGACGCUGCGCUUUAGCCCGCGGGCUCUCGCUGGUGUUUUGCGCGUCUACGAAAAGACCAAGAACACCCGCGAGACGGUGGCUGCCAUCAUCCGUCUGGUUACCUGGCAGUACCGAUGGUACAGCGAGUUCUCGCCGGAGCUGCUGCAGUCAAUCCGCGCCUUGAUUGAGGAAGAGGGUGCCGUCAAGGUCCGAAGCAUAAUACAGGCGACCAGCCUACCCCAGAACGUGCUGGAUCUGACGCACCACUAUGCUGCUCUUUGCGCGACCUUUCGCAGCAGCGGCACCGAGGGUUAGUGGUGAUGGGGAGUGAUGACGACCAAAAGUUGAUAUGGGUAGAGAUAGAAUUAUAAUACUAUGGAAAAAACAGGAAUAAUCAAAGCUGUGAUGUUUAUGAUGUACAGUCUAUGUGAACUUGCUGAAACAAUGGAAUAUUUCUUG